AUGGGCAACACGGUGCACAGGACCCUUCCAGAGUCCAGCCCGCCGGCCCGCCUCCUGGCCACCCGGCCCUGCUGCGGCCCCGGCCCGGAGCGGCGCCCGGUGCUGGGCGAGGCGCCGCGCUUCCACGCGCAGGCCAAGGGCAAGAACGUGCGGCUAGACGGCCACUCGCGCCGAGCCACGCGGCGCAACAGCUUCUGCAACGGGGUCACGUUCACGCAGCGGCCCAUCCGGCUGUACGAGCAGGUGCGGCUGCGCCUGGUGGCCGUGCGCCCGGGCUGGAGCGGGGCGCUGCGCUUCGGCUUCACGGCGCACGACCCGUCGCUCAUGAGUGCCCAGGACAUCCCCAAGUACGCCUGUCCCGACCUGGUCACGCGGCCCGGCUACUGGGCCAAGGCGCUGCCCGAGAACCUGGCGCUGCGCGACACGGUGCUGGCCUAUUGGGCGGACCGCCAUGGCCGCGUCUUCUACAGCGUCAACGACGGCGAGCCGGUGCUCUUCCACUGCGGCGUGGCGGUGGGCGGCCCGCUCUGGGCGCUCAUCGACGUCUACGGCAUCACCGACGAGGUGCAGCUCCUCGAGAGCGGGUUCGCCGACACGCUGACGCCCGCGCGCCUCGGCCAGGCCCGCUUCAGCGCCUGCCUGCCUCCCAGCAGCCACGACGCGGCCAACUUCGACAACAACGAGCUCGAGAACAACCAGGUGGUGGCCAAGCUGGGCCACCUGGCCCUGGGCCGCGCCCCAGGCCCGCCCCCCGCCGACCACGCGGCCGCCGCCAUCCCGUGCGGGCCCCGCGAGCGCCAGCGGCCCUCGUCGUCGCCGGCGCUGCUCGAGGCCGACCUGCGCUUCCACGCGACGCGCGGGCCCGACGUGAGCCUGUCGCUCGACCGCAAGGUGGCCUGCGCGCCGCGCCCCGACGGCGGCCGCACCCUCGUCUUCUCCGAGCGCCCACUGCGGCCCGGCGAGAGCCUCUUCGUGGAAGUGGGCCGCCCGGGGCUGGCGGCGCCCGGCGCGCUGGCCUUCGGCAUCACGUCGUGCGAUCCGGGCGGGCUCCGGCCUGCCGAGCUGCCCGCGGAUCCCGACGCGCUCAUCGACCGCAAGGAGUACUGGGUAGUGGCGCGCGCCGGGCCGGUGCCGAGCGGCGGCGACGCGCUCAGCUUCACGCUGCGGCCCGGCGGCGACGUGCUCCUGGGCGUCAACGGGCGCCCGCGCGGCCGCCUGCUGUGCGUCGACACCACGCAGGCGCUCUGGGCUUUCUUCGCCGUGCGCGGCGGCGCCGCCGGCCAGCUGCGCCUCCUCGGAACCCUGCAGUCCAGCCCUGCAACCACAUCCCCGUCAGGGUCCCUCAGUGGCUCCCAGGACGACAGCGACUCCGACAUGGCCUUCAGUGUCAACCAGUCCUCCUCAGCAUCCGAGUCAUCCCUGGUGACGGCACCCAGCUCCCCGCUGAGCCCGCCCGUGUCGCCCGUGUUCUCCCCGCCCGAGCUGGCGGGCAGCAAGAACAGCGAGUGCACAGUGUGCUUCGACGGCGAGGUGGACACGGUCAUCUACACGUGCGGACACAUGUGCCUGUGCCACGGCUGCGGCCUGCGCCUCAAGAGGCAGGCCCGGGCCUGCUGCCCCAUCUGCCGGCGGCCCAUCAAGGACGUCAUUAAGAUCUACAGGCCGUAG